CUGGGAUCCGCGAUGGGGAAGGAGCAGGAACUUCUUGAAGCGGCGCGCACGGGAAACCUGGCCGCGGUGGAGAAGCUAUUAUCCGGGAAGCGACAGUCCGCGGGCAUCGGCGGCGGCGGUUCGUCCGGAACCGGUGGAAGCGGCAACAGCGGCGGCCACGGCGCCUCCUCUCAUCCGCUCUCCAGCCUGCUCAGCAUCUGGAGAGGCCCCAAUGUGAAUUGUGUGGACAGCACUGGAUACUCCCCUCUCCACCACGCUGCCCUAAAUGGACACAGCGAGGUGGUGGAGGCGCUGCUGCGAAACGAGGCCUUGACCAACAUCGCCGACAACAAGGGCUGCUACCCGCUCCACCUGGCGGCGUGGAAGGGAGACGAGCACAUCGUCAAACUGCUCAUCCACCAGGGACCUUCGCACCCCAGACUCAACGAGCAGAAUGACUCAUUUGUGAUCACCAUUCAUUUUGUCAUUGCUUGUCUGACCCAAAUCCAUCGGCCUAUCUUCUCUUCCUCCCUCCCAGAGCUCUGUAGACCAUAA